AGGGUUGCAUGGAAUCUCCUAAAUGGAGAUUCUCUGUAUCUCAGGCAGAUUCUGUUAUGGAAUUGUCAAAACUGUCAGACAUGACAAAGCUCCACCAGGCUGUAGCGGUGGGGGACUGUAAUUCAGUGAAGAAGAUUUUGAAGAAAGGUCUCUGUGACCCAAACUACAAGGACGUGGACUGGAAUGACAGGACACCACUUCACUGGGCAGCAAUCAGGGGGCAAAUGGAGGUGAUACACCUCCUGUUACAGUAUGGAGCCAGACCCUGCUUGGUGACUGAUGUGGGCUGGACCGCAGCUCACUUUGCUGCUGAGUCUGGCCAUCUGAAUGUACUCAAAACUCUCCAUGCACUGCACACUGCCAUUGAUGCUGCUGACUUCUUUGGAGAUACACCCAAGAGGAUUGCACAGAUCUACGGGCAGAAAGCCUGUGUGGACUUCCUGGAGAGGGCAGAACUGGAAUGCCGGGACCACCGCCAGAGAGGACUGCUGCUUGAUGAGCGGGACCCAGAUUGGGACCUCAAGAAAAGGGAGCUAGAGCUGUCCCUUCCUGCCCCGGAUCGAAACACCAAUAAAAAGACCAAGAAAAUCCGAGGCUCAUUCGGGCUCCGCCAUUCCAAGGCUUGGAGGGUAUGAGAAGGCUGUGCCUCAGGACACAGACCCAAGCGGACCUAGGACCUAGCCUGAAGCCAGAGGGGUUGUUAGUCUUUCUUGUCUUCACAGGAUUUGACUCAACCACCUUUACCCAUGCUUCUACUGAAAAUCACAGCAAACCAUUCAGUUGGAAAGUCUUGCUACAGUAUUCUCUAUCAGAGCCAGAAUCUCUUUGCCCAAACCUGAAAGCUUGUAAACCCAGACGCUUGACCUCGAGGGGACAUGACAGCCUAGCCAACAGUUUGUUUUCAGUGACUUGCAGUAUCAGUAUGCCCGCCUCUCACCCACCAACACACAUCUUUACAGAAUGUCCCAAAGUAAAAAGCAAAACAAAAACUAAAAACUUCCCAAUAUGAUUGAUUCAAUCUAGGAAUAUUUUUUUUUCUUUUCUUGUGGGAGCCCACUCUCCUAGCAUUGACAAUUUUACCCAUCAUCAUUUCCACCUAGGAGCAAUGGUUUGGGCAAUGUACAGCUCAGUGAGAGACAACUGGAAAGCCUGGCAUGAUGGGAAUCUGUCUCCCCUAACCUAGCACCAGCAGAAAAUGAUGGAACGUGGACUUGUUGGUCUAGUUUUUUAAUUAUAGAUUUUGCAAGAUCUACAAUUAGAUCAGAUAUUUCCAAGAAAAGGAUAGCAUCUAUUGAAGUUUUGAAGACAGUAUAAGAAAAAGUGAAAUGCCUUGGUAGCUACUUUUAAUAUUGAUUUGCUGACAUAUCAGAUGUGUUAAUGCUAAGUAAAACAUACUAUGAAAACUAA